AUGAAUCGAAACAACUACGUUACAUUACAAGAACCCACUUCCAGAACUCUCCUUCCAUCACCUUUCAAUCGACUUCAAACAUCCGCUAACUUUACGAGCGCCCCAUCACAAUACCUUUUCAGAGCUGGAGAGCGCAAUAGAAAACAGUUCUUCGAAAAAGAAGAAGGCCUAGAUGACUGGGUUCAUAUCAUGCCAGAGUUGAUCAGCGAUCACGAUGCUAAAUUCAAAUGCCAUACCUCCAAGCUAGGAUCUCCAUUCGAGUUUGUUGAGAAGAGCUCUGUUAGAUUGAAGCGUAGCAGAAAACAGCGUAGAGGUACGAGGUUUUUUCAAAACACUAGACCUGGUCGACGAUUGAAGUCGACGGAAGAGCUCAAAGAAUCAAAGUUGUGA